AUACAGAAAGAAAAGAAGACGACUAAACCAACCAAGUCGUCAGUGAAGUAAGUCAUCUCUGAUUGUUGGCGAGGACCACACACCAGUCUACUGAUUAGUCUCGAAUCUCGACCAAAGUCCAUCCAUCCAUCCGGUCUAAGCAUUGCCCAUCAUGGUCCUCUCGGCCAUCUACAUCCUGGAUAUGAAGGGCAAGGUGUUGAUCUGUCGCAAUUAUCGCGGCGACAUCGAGAAUAACGUGAUCGACAAAUUCAUCGGUCUGGUCAUGGAUCGCGAAGAUGAAGGCCAAAUCACGCCUCUCAUUCAGACCGAGGAGGCCGCUUUUGCCUAUAUCAAGCACAAGAAUCUGUACGUGGUGGCCACAACCAAAAAGAACUCCAAUAUCGUCAUGAUCUUCUCCUUAUUGCACAAGAUCUGCUCGGUAUUUGAAAGUUAUUUUAAAGAUGUCGAGGAGGAAAGCAUCCGGGACAACUUUGUGAUCAUCUACGAGCUCUUGGAUGAGCUGGUCGAUUUUGGAUAUCCCCAAACCACGGAUGGGCAGAUUCUUCAAGAGUACAUCACGCAAGAAGGUCAUCGAUUGGAAGUGGCCUUAAAACCUCCGCCGGCUGUGACUAAUGCUGUCUCUUGGCGGCCCGAGGGUCUCAAGUAUCGCAAGAACGAAGUGUUUCUGGAUGUGAUCGAGUCGGUCGACCUGUUGGCCGGCGCCUCGGGCAACGUGCUCCGCUCGGAGAUCGUGGGCUGCAUUAAGAUGCGGGUCUACCUAUCAGGCAUGCCUGAACUCCGAUUGGGUUUGAAUGAUAAGGUGCUGUUUGAAUCCACGGGCCGAGGCAAGUCCAAAUCCGUGGAGCUCGAAGAUGUCAAGUUUCAUCAGUGCGUACGAUUGUCCCGAUUCGACAAUGACCGCACCAUAUCGUUCAUCCCGCCGGAUGGCGAGUUCGAACUGAUGUCGUAUCGACUGAAUACGCACGUGAAACCGCUCAUUUGGAUCGAGUCUGUGAUCGAACGACACGCCCAUUCCCGCAUCGAGUACAUGGUCAAGGCCAAGUCUCAAUUUAAGCGCCGCUCUACGGCCAACAACGUGGAAAUCAUUAUUCCUGUGCCCAGCGACGCGAGUGCGCCCAAGUUCAAGACCACCAUUGGCCAUUGCAAGUACGCCCCGGAAUUGGGUGCCAUUGUUUGGAACAUCAAGAGCUUCCCGGGAGGAAAAGAAUACCUCAUGCGGGCACACUUGAGCCUCCCGAGUGUGGAGGGCGAUAUCACAGAGGGCAAGCCCCCCAUUCAAGUCAAGUUCGAAAUUCCAUACUUUACCACAUCCGGAAUUCAGGUACGGUACUUGAAGAUCAUUGAGAAAUCCGGGUACCAGGCCUUGCCCUGGGUGCGCUAUAUCACUCAGAAUGGUGAUUAUCAGCUACGGACCACCUGAGGAUCUGAGGAUGAGCACCGGCAUCUUCCCGCGUUCACAGUUCCAUCAAUUGUUUGACUUAUGAUCCAAUGUCUAAAAAGCCACAUUCCAAUGUUGUUUUUCACACCCGCCAUUGUCGUCCAAAUGUUUUGUUGACUUAGUGAUUUGUCCCCAAUUUUCGUGAUUAUGUAUGCUUUUCAAUCAUGUGCUUAUUUACCGGCCCACAAUAUUAAACAUAUUUAAAGAUAGCAAAUGA